AUGGAUGCCCCCAAGCAGAAGCACGCCACCAAAAACAGUUUUAUCAAGACUGAACCAACGCUUUCCGAAGAGUCUUCUGCAAACAGCGCCCCCGAUGAAAAGAAUCUUUCAUGUUCUGACAGGGCAGAGGAAUCGAAUCAAUCUCCCGAUCCUGACAGGCUGGGCGAUGCCGCUGGAGACAAGUUUGCUGUGGUUUUGGUAGGCGUAACGGGGCAGCGGAGAUCUCGGAGCAAAGUCCUCCGCAACAAGAUAAAGGUCGAAAACAUAGCCGAAGGCCUCAUUGCUUGUCCUCACCCAAUCUGCAAGAAGGAAAAAUUGGCAUUGUCUUGGGCGAGAACGGGUGCAACGUGA